AUGGGUUCUAUUUUUAAAUUUUUAUUAAAUUCCUUUUUCUUUUUUUUUUUUUUUUUUUUUAAUAUUAUUCAACAAUCUCCUUGCUUAUUACUUUUUUUGUUAAAUUUCCCUAGAUUUUUUAAAAUUUUAUUUUCGCUUUUUUUUUUUUUUUUUUUUUUUUUCAAAUCUUUUUUUUUUUACAUAACUUUAUGUAAAGGUUAUGUAAAAAACUCAAAUUUUUAG